CAUGACCACAUGGUUCGCACUAACUACGGGAAAACAGCUUGCAGAGGAUCAGUUUGACAGCCUUGAAAAACAUACGCAGUGGGGCAUUGACAUUCUGGAGAAAUACAUCAAGUUUGUGAAAGAGAGAACAGAAAUAGAACUCAACUAUGCCAAGCAACUUCGGAAUCUUUCGAAGAAAUAUCAGCCCAAGAAGAACUCCAAAGAAGAAGAUGAAUACAAAUAUUCAUCCUGUAAAGCCUUCUUAGCCACUUUGAAUGAAAUGAAUGAUUACGCCGGGCAGCACGAAGUCAUUUCCGAGAACAUGACCUCGCAGAUCACCACGGAGUUAGCUCGCUAUGUGCAAGAACUGAAGCAAGAGAGGAAAUCGCACUUCCACGAUGGCCGAAAAGCACAACAGCAUAUCGAGACGUGCUGGAAACAGCUUGAAUCAAGCAAAAGACGUUUUGAACGGGAUUGCAAGGAAGCCGACCGAGCGCAGCAGUAUUUUGAAAAGAUGGAUGCAGACAUCAAUGUAACAAAAGCGGACGUCGAAAAGGCACGGCAGCAGGCACAGCUCCGUCAACAGAUGGCUGAAGACAGCAAAGCGGAAUAUUCGUCAACGCUACAGAAAUUCAACCAUGAACAGCACGAACAUUAUCACACACACAUACCCAACAUCUUCCAGAAAAUACAAGAGAUGGAAGAGAGGAGGAUAGUCCGGAUAGGCGAAUCCAUGAAGACCUUUGCAGAGGUGGACCGGCAAGUUGUCCCCAUCAUCGGGAAGUGUCUGGAUGAGAUCACCAGGGCAGCUGAGUCGAUACAUCAGAAGAACGAUUCGCAGUUGGUCAUAGAAGCCUUUAAGUCUGGCUUUGAGCCUCCCGGUGAUGUUGACUUUGAAGACUUCACCCAGCCAAUCAAGCGCGCCGUCUCUGAAUCCAGCCUUUCAAACUCCAAAGAAGGAAAACCAGAGUCCAGGUUCAGCGGCAAGUCCAAGGGCAAGUUGUGGCCAUUCAUCAAGAAAAAUAAGCUUAUGUCCCUUUUAACAUCCCCCCAUCAGCCCCCUCCUCCGCCCCCUUUCUCUGGCUCACCCUCUGCUGUUCCCAACGGCCCCCAGUCUCCCAAGCAGCAAAAGGAACCCCUCUCCCAUCGCUUCAACGAGUUCAUGACCUCCAAACCCAAAAUCCACUGCUUCAGGAGCCUAAAACGCGGGCAACAGUCUCAGUCAUUGUAUUUUCACAAAGAACUCAUGAAGAGGACUUUAGGCAAGCCCACGUAUGCCCUUGAGGCUAGGGAAUAUGUUCUUUCUCUCAAGCUGGGUGCAGGACCUGAAGACUUCAGCAACCUUCCCCCAGAGCAAAGAAGGAAGAAACUCCAGCAAAAGGUGGACGAGCUCAACAAAGAUAUCCAGAAGGAGAUGGAUCAAAGAGAUGCCUUAACAAAAAUGAAGGACGUCUACAUCAAGAACCCACAGAUGGGGGAUGCGGCCAGCGUGGAUCACAAGCUAGCGGAACUUGGGCAGAACUUAGAGAAGCUGAGAUCGGAGGCCCAGAAAUUCGAGGGCUGGCUAGCGGAGGUGGAAGGCCGGCUACCAGCACGGACUGAGCAAACUCGGCGUCAGAGUGGAGUGUGCGAAUCGCAGAACACCUUGACUGUCAACAACUGUGCCCAGGACCGUGAGAGCAGCCCAGAUGGCAGUUACACAGAGGAGCCGAGCCAGGAGAGUGAGAUGAAGGCCCCGCCCACGGACUUCGACGACGAGUUCGAUGACGAAGAGCCGCUGCCCACCAUUGGGACGUGCAAAGCUCUGUACACCUUUGAAGGCCAGAACGAGGGAACGAUCUCCGUCACCGAAGGAGAAAUGCUAUUCGUAAUAGAGGAGGACAAAGGCGACGGCUGGACGCGGAUCCGGCGGAACGAGGACGAGGAAGGCUACGUCCCCACCUCCUAUGUAGAAGUCUUUUUGGAGAAGAAUGCCAAAGAUUCCUAAAAGUGCUGGUUGCUGGCGCAAGACUCUCGGGGCGAGCUUGUCACAGGAGGAGAAACAAAUGGUCUGGUUUUUUAAAAAACAACAACACCCAGUUCACAUCCAGAUUUUAAAAAAAUAAUACCCCUACCUACAUUUCGUAGACUCCCCUGCUGGGAAGAGAGUCCGUGGAGAGGGGAGAGAAGAAAACUCCCCAGGAUGAAAGCGUAGGGUCCAUCCCCGAUCCCUCGAUGCCAUCCAUCCGUUGCUUGCGAAAGUCUCUGGCAUGCUACCCGCUGCAUUCACUAACACCCCCCCCUUCCCCGCCCCACCCUCUCCUUCCCUUUGUGUUCAGAGUUCCAGGGGGGGGUCUCCUGUAGAACACAAAAGAGAGACGCCCCGAAAUCCCAGCUCUUGUUCCUCAGGGCAUCUGCCUAGCCAAGCAUAUUCUUAAAGGGAGUCGAGUCGGGUGAUGGUCAUUCCUGUUUUACAGAUGGGGAGCUGAGGCCAAGAACUGGCGUUUUGCCACCUAGUGCCUUUAAGGCCGCAGUGAGAUUCGAACCCAGCUACGUCUCCUUGCUGGCCCCGCUCUCUCCUCCAGCCCUCCCCAGAGCUGAACUUAGGGAGCAGCUUCCGCUGGAGUCAGACCCUUGGCCUGCCGAGCUCAGAACGGCCCACCUCAACUAGCAGUGGCUCUCCGAGGCAGAGGCUGCAGGAGUUCCUUGGCCUAGAUAUUGCAGAGGCCGGACUUGCA